UCAGGCCUGCGACGGCGACUCUUUGCCCCCGAAUCUCCCUGUCCGACUCCCCGUCGAUCCGUGGAGGAGAUUGCCCAGCAUGCCGCCUCCGCCGCAUCAAAAGCCCGAAAAUGUCCUGAAGCGCGCCCACGAGCUGAUCGGGGUCAACCAGGCCCAGACGGCCUUGACCCUGCUCCAUGAGCACAUCACCAACAAGCGCUCUCGGAGCGCUGCCAUCUCCUCGCUGGAGCCUGUCAUGCUCCUGCUUGUUGAGCUGUCCGUCGAGCAGAAGAAGGGAAAGCUGGCCAAGGACGCCCUGUACCAGUACAAGAAUCUGUCCCAGAACACCAAUAUCUCGACCAUCGAGCUGGUCCUGAAAAAGUUCAUCGAACUCGCCGUCGAGAAGGUUACUGCCGCCCAGCAAGAGGCCGACAAAGUCCAGUCGACCAUCGAAGCCACGGCUGCCACCUCCAGCGUCGAUGAUCUGGAAGCCACCGAAACCCCCGAGUCCAUCCUCCUCGCCACCGUCUCUGGCGAGCAGUCUCGUGACCGCACCGACCGUGCCAUCGUCACUCCUUGGCUCAAGUUCCUCUGGGAGGCGUACCGAACCGUCCUGGACAUUCUCCGCAACAAUGCCCGCCUCGAGGUCCUUUACCAGAGCACGGCCAUGCAGGCCUUCGACUUCUGUCUCAAGUACACCCGAAAGACCGAGUUCCGAAGACUCUGCGAGCUCCUCCGAAACCAUGUCCAGACGGCGGCCAAGUACUCGUCGCAGAUGCACGCCAUCAACCUCAGCGACCCGGACACCCUGCAGCGCCAUCUCGAGACUCGCUUCCAGCAGCUCAACGUCGCCGUUGAGCUGGAACUCUGGCAGGAGGCUUUCCGAAGUGUCGAGGACAUCCACACGCUGCUGAACCUCAGCAAGCGACCCCCCAAAAACAUCAUGAUGGCCAACUACUACGAGAAGCUGACAAAAAUCUUCCUCGUCGGCGAGAACUACCUCUUCCACGCCGCGGCUUGGUCAAGAUACUACACACUGCUGCGCCAGGUCUCCGCCUUGGUCGCCUCCGGCCAGGGCAAGAAGGCUGACAACCCCCCCGCCUCUGAUGCCGACCUCCAGCGGGCUGCUUCCUUUGUCCUCUUGUCUGCCCUCGCCAUCCCUGUCAUCAGCACCUCCCGAUCCCGUGGUGCCAUGGUCGACUUUGACGAGGCCCGCAAGAACAAGAACACCCGCCUGACCACCCUGCUCGGCAUGAGCCAGGCCCCCUCGCGUUCUCGCCUGUUCCGUGACGCUCUCUCCAAGUCCAUCAUUCAGCGAUCCCUCCCCGAGAUCCGAGACCUCUACAACAUCCUGGAGGUUGACUUCCACCCCCUCUUCAUCUGCAAGAAGAUUUCGCCCAUCCUGACCAAGAUUGCCGCCGAUGCCGAGAUGGAGAAAUACAUCCUUCCCCUGCAGCAGGUUAUCCUGACCCGCCUGUUCCAGCAGCUGUCUCAGGUCUACGAAACUGUGGACCUCAGCUUCGUUGAGAGCCUGGCUCAGUUCCCCGAGCCCUACCAGGUCACUCGCGGUACCAUUGAGAAGUUCAUCAUGAACGGCAACAAGAAGGGUGACCUUGCCAUUCGCAUGGACCAUGCUACCGGUGUUCUGAGCUUCGACAACGACGUCUUCUCAUCAGCCAGGGCUGGCCACAGCGGUUCGUCCGCCGGCUCUGCCGAGGCUGAGGCUGGUAGCGUGCAGCGUCUCCAGAGCACUCCCUCUGAGAUUGUCCGCUCCCAGCUGACUCGUCUCGCCAAGUCGCUCUUCGUCUCAUGCCACUACAUUGACCCCAACUUUAACAAAGAUCGUCUGGCGGCCCAUGACGCUGCACUGGCCCGCGCCAGGGCUGGUGCUGAGAAGGAGCACCUCGAGACCCUUGCCCGCAAGGAGAUUAUCCAGAAGCGCAAGGAGGAGGCAUCUGAACUGCAAGCCAAGAGGGAGAAGGAGAAGGCGCGCCAGAAGAGAUUGAUGGAGCAGGCUCUCCAGGAAGCCGAGGACAAGCGUCUGGCUGAGGAGCAGCGUGAGCGUGAGGCCCGGCGCAUCAAGGCUGAGCACGAUCGCGUCCGCAAGGAGGAGCUCAAGAAGCAGAUUGCCGAUCUCAAGAUGAGCGACAAGGCUCUGGACAUUGAUCUGGAAGAUCUGGACAACCUGGACAGCAACAGACUUCGUGCCAUGAAGCUGGCUCAGUUGGAGCGUGAGAAGAACGAUGUCAACGAGAAGCUGCGCAUCACUGGCAAGCGACUCGACCACUUGGAACGAGCUUACCGAAAGGAGGAGGCUAAGAAGCUGGCCGAGGACUAUGCCAAGCAGACAGAGCGUGACCGCAAGAUCUAUGAGAUGGUCAAGGCCAAGACGCUCAAGGAGGCCGAGGAGAAGCACAAGGCCAGCGUGGAGCUCAAGCAUCGCCUUGAACGCCUGGUACCCGAGUACGAGAAGUUCAGGGCCAACUUGCACGAGAAGCGCCGCGACGAGUUCGAGAAACGCCGCAAGGAGGCCGAGCGCGAGCUGGAGAAGCAGAUCGCUAUCCGCAAGAAGGAGUACCGCGACCGCAAGUUGCGCGAGAAGAGGGAGCGCGAAGAGAGAGAGCGCAUCCUCCGAGAGCAGGAAGAGCAGGCUGCUCGUGAGAAGGAGGAGCAGCGCCUCCGUGAGGAGGCCAGGAAGGCUGAGCUUCUCAAGCUCAAGGAGCAGCGCGAGAAGGAGCGCCAGGAGAUGCUGGAGAAGGCAGCUCUUCAGCAGAGGCGCGAGGAGGAAGCCCUUGCUCGCCGCAAAGCAGAGAAGGAACGUGGAGGCCUCAGGGGACCGGAGGCGGCCCCCCCUGCUGCCGCCGCCGCCGCGGAUGGCCGACGACCACCCGUCAUCGGUUCGGGCAGCUGGAGAGAUAGGGAGCGUGAGAGGGAGGCCAAGGGAGCUGCCGAGGGCGGUAUCCCUGUGCGGUCAGGACCCCCGAUGGAGCGCACCGACUCUGGCGAUCGCCCCUCUGGCCCGCCCAAGCUGCAGCUGGCUGGCUCUGGCAACAAGCCUAGCUGGCGAGAGCGAGAAGCCGCCAAGGCUGCUGGUGGCGGUGCCAGCGACAACCUGCCCCCGCCCACCCGAAGCGCCGGACCUCGUGACGCUCCCCGGGAAUCUCCCCGCGACGGCUCAAGGCGCGGCGAGAACGGCAAGGCCGAGGCUUCUGCCCCUCCCGCAGAGUCUCUGCCUCCUCGAACCGCUGGCAAGUGGGUUCCUCCUCAUCUGAGGAACAAGUCAUGAAGGGAAUGAGAAUCGGCAUGGAUAGUCCUGGCUACAAGUUUUGCACCGGCGUUUAAGGGGGGAAAGACCAAAACACGAAAACAAUUCGAGAGGUUGGAAGGGGGACAACCAUUGUAUGGUUUUUGCCCAUUGAAAUGUACUCUAGAGCUCAGCAUUAAUCUCGCCGUCCUCUGAGGUACGAGCACCUAUCAGAAUGGAAGAAGAAGAUGAAAAACGC